AACCGCACGCAGAAGGAAUAGGCCUUUAAUCUGAAGUACUGAGCUCGGUUUUGGCAUUUCUACAGCAAUAGUAAGCAGCCAAAAGCGUCUGAAAAAUUUGUGAAGAACGUAAAUAAUAAACAAAUAUAAGUGUAAAAGAAAGACAAGUUCAAAAAUGUCAAAAGCUUUGAAGUUAGGUCCUUAUUUAAAAGAAUUUCGUUUCCAUUUAUGUCAGAACUCUAACGAAAGUUUAGGUUUCAGAGAAUUUAUACAAAAGCAUUAUGUUCCUUUGAAGAAAAGUAAUCCACAGUUUCCAAUGCUGGUUCGUGAAUGUAGAAAUGUGGAACCUAAAAUAUAUGCUAGAUAUGAAUUUGGAAAAGAAACAUCAGUUUCUGUGAAAAAUUUGGGAAGUGACAAGAUAUUUGAGGUUCUUCAAAAGUUAGCUACUGCUACAAAAUAAAAAUAUAUUACAUUAACUUGCAUAAUGUAAAAUAUUUAACCAUAGUGUAUAGUUUAAAAAGCAAUAAAUAUUGUUGAUUUUCAAAUUUUUUAUCAA